AUGUUGCAAUCACAAAGAAGUCGUGUUGUCCUUGCGAUAUCCUUGUUGCUCUCCUUCACUACGUUUUACUAUCUUCUACCUCAAUCGGAACAGUCGAUAAGUGCCACAGACACUGAAUCUGUGGCUACAAAUCAACGACCAAAGGACCAAAAAUUGCACGUCUUACUUCCUACCACUAUCGGCGAUGUCAAUCUCUGCAAGACUAUCCUCAGCGCGAAAGCAUUGGGCUACCCAGAGCCCGUGGUACUUGGAUGGGGAGACAAGUUUGAUACUUGGUACUUGCUUGCUGGAGGCUCGCAUCUAGCAAAGAUCUCAAGGGUUCUUGAAUAUCUGGAAAGCAUGAAGCCUGAACAAGAGAACGACCUUGUCCUGAUGAUGGACGCUUUCGAUAUCUGGUUUCAACUCCCCCCAGAAACUCUUAUCGAAAGAUACUAUUCAAUCAACGAAAGAGCCAACAAGCGGAUUUCAGAGCAUAUGGGCAAAGCUGCUGAGGUCGAGGAUAUAAAGCAGACCAUUAUCUUUGGUGCUGGUAAACGCUGUGCUCCCAACCAACUGCAUACGAUCGCAUGUUAUCCUGUCCCAGUCUCGCCAGUCCACGAUGAUAUCUACGGUGCGAACACGGAUACGAUCAUGGGUCGCAACAAAUACACCAGCCACCGUCAACGCUACCUCAAUUCUGGAUAUAUCAUCGGCCCUGUCAAAGACAUGAGAGCAAUGUUCAGAACUGCCUGGGAGAAAGUACAGAACUGGCCCGAAAAAGAUCCCAAUGACAAUGGAAGCGGUGGUUCAGACUUCGGAUACCACGCGAGCGAUCAGGCUGUCUUUGCGCUUAUGUUUGGAGAGCAAGAAUAUCAGAGAGAGGUCAUGCGCCAGCGCCACGCCUCAACUUGGACUGGACAGUACGGGAAGACACGUCCUAUUAACAAGAUCGAAGGAACAGAAGUCCACGAUGUUCUCAAUCCGCAAUUUACACAUGAGAAGAUGGAGUCCCUCGAAGGCCGUCCUUGUGAGUAUGGUAUUGGCAUGGACUACUUCUCCGAUCUAGGACAUCAAACAGCGAAUGCAGAAUGGGACUCGAUGUGGCUGCGCUACGAUGACCCUCAAGAUGUCUUUCUCGACAAGACACGCGAGGAACGCAACGACUUCGACUGCAAGUACCACGGCGACUACAAGGUUCCUUCAGACAUGAAAAUCUACGACGAGACGAAAUUCCUACCCGAGCAACGGAAAUGGGAGCAUGUCAAUCUAUACACAAACCUCUGUAUGGGGACCAUACCCGUCAUGGCUCACUUCAAUGGCGACAAGGCUGCCCGAGAGCGUCAGUGGCCACUCUUUUGGGUCCAGCAGUACGGCAAGUGGAUUGUAGAAAAUUCUGAACGCCUCGGAGGUGGGCGGAUCGGCGCUUCCAUGUGGAAGAGAGAUGAACCAACACAGUUUCUUGGCUGGGACGCACUAUGUCCUGCCGAGUAUUCGGAGGAGCUUUUCAGAGGAAGCGACCUGGCUCUCGGUCGAUAA